AUGGAUCAGGUCUCGCAGUUGGAUUUGGAUGGAGAUGACGGCGACUGGGAAUCAUGUAGCAGCAACUCGUCUUGUCAGAGAUCCAGAACAAGCGUUUCAGUCAGACAAGAGACACCUUUGACGCGAGAGAGAAAAUCAUGGUCAACGACAUUGUCGAUACGUUCGGCAUCUGAAGCCACAGAUGAUUCGUCAUGCCAGAGGCAAGCCACGACGCAUAUUGAUUGGAUUGAUCGACGCGGAACCAACAGACCAGAUGAGCGAGGGGCACAGGGGCUGAUUGACGAAAUUGUCAAUGCUGAUGCGGGGGAGGCUCUGGGCUCUAGGGGCUCUACCGCAGGCAUAAGGGUGCCCGGAAAUGGACCCCCGUACCCCCUCGGGCGUGACGCAGCAGCGGGAUCAUCAGCAGCCGUGUUUGCGCAGCCAGUGCCACGUCGACCUGGCGUUCGCGGGCUGUUACAGAAUUGGUACCGCAGCAGCCAAUUAUUUUCGGGCACCAGCACUCUCGUCCGCACUUUUGCUCGAUCUGGUCGCGACCAACGCGUGCCUUCACUGCUUGAGCUCACUCUCAAACGACAAGAUGAAGUCCACGGCAAGAAGACAGCAGCACUCGACCACCUGCCUCCACCGUCGCUGACCGCCACUCCAGUCGUCCCUCAUGCCUGGCGAAACAUGACGAGAAUGGAUACCACCAACCCUGCUCAGAGUCCCAACUUGGCCGACCUCCUGACCAGUCUGUCGAGCCCCGAAGAUGCCAGUCGAAAGAUGGCGGCUUUUAAGCUGCAGUCUCUCAUCAACGAUCCUUCUUUCGCCGAGCACUUUGUCCUCUCUGGAGGUCUUCCCCGCCUCCGGGCUUUGAUCCUCGAGUCCAAUGGAAAUACGCUGGCCUAUAGUCUGGCUAGUUUUGCGAGACUCCUGGAAGUCGAUCAAGGAUGGGAGGCUGUCAACAACAAAGUGGUAGAAAAGGUUGUCGAACUCGUCGUCUGCCAGCCCCUGGUCAAUAUUCUUCGAGGCGCCAUGGCCAUCCUUGUCUCCAUCGUUUCCCGACCCUACCACGCCGAUCGAACGUCGCAUGUCAAGAGCUCAAAUAGCGCAGGAGGUUUCCAAGCAUUGAAGCCUGCAAUUGCGGUAUACCCGCAGUUCUUGGAAAUGCUUGUGACGAGAUUGUCCUCGGCAGACCAUGCACUGUGUGCGAAUGCCUUGCAACUGAUCAAUUCUCUGAUGCGCGAUGCAAUCACCAACGAUAACGAGACGGAAUGGCCGAAAUUUAUCAAGAGAAUACAGGAUCUUGGUGUGAUCAAGGCCGUCUAUGUAUUGAUGCAGAGCUCAGCACUGCAGGACCUUGCACAUCCUCUUCUGGAAUUCCAGGCAUUGACCAAGAUUCUGCUCAGAAGAUGGAAAGACGUGCCAGUCGACUUGGUGAAACCGGAGCAUCGUCGGACCAUCAAGGCCAUCCACCUAUCGAGCAACCCCGAAAAAGCAACUGAGCAGGCCAACGGAGAAACGAAAUCAAAACACAAUCCCUACAAAUGGCGACGGCUGGGUUUCUCGUCGGAAAACCCGGAACCCGAGUUCGUUGAGAUGGGAUUCCUAGGAAUGAUGGAUCUCUCCGACUACGUGCGAAAGCAUCAAGAAGAAUUCCAAAACAUUCUCCUAGAGCAAUCAGUGUCUCCGGAGCAGAAGGCGUGUCCAUUGGCUCGCGCCAGUCUGACCAUGACCGCAAUCCUAUUUGAACAUUUCGAAGUGGACAAGAUGGACCUUGAGGACUCAAAGAGCUACUUGGCCCUAGAAAGCCGGACAAAUUUCGACAAGGUGUUCAGACCUCUUCUGCUGCAUUGGAGUCGCUUGCACGUGGCCGGACUUCACGCAUUUCUGCAACUGUGGAAGUCAACUGGUGCUGAGACGGUCGACUUUGCCAAGAUUGUCGAGUUGACUCGGAUCUUGGUGGAAAGCGUGGUGGGAGGAGCGGACCGCACCAAGGGAAUCGAUGAAGUGGAAAGAGAAAUGGCGGCAUUCGAAUACAGCAAGCUUCGAGAAUUGCAGAUGGAGUUGCUGGACUUGACGUACGAAGACGUGUGGGGACAACACUUGGGAGGCGUCAAAGAAGAGCUGCAGAGUGAAGCGCUUCAGUUUGUGAAAGAACAGAGAAUUCGCUGUCUGUUGGCAGGAGCGUGGUUUCCCAGCGGAUUUCGCUAUACGGACCAGGAGACCGGCGGACCAGUGACGGAGGCAACACUGUCACAAGGAAGUCCUACCAGCCAUCGAUUCAUUCGCCUUUCGGACGACCGAAGAUACUUACACUGGGGCGACUUUGACGAACAAGAAGAGUUUUGGCCAUCAGCGUCCAGCCUGCGAGACAAGAUCGACUUGUCGAUUGUUUCAUCAGUGGUUUCGAACGUGACGGCGAACGACCGGUCAUCGAUCGACUCGGGGGCGACGAUGAAGGGGUUGAUUCACGAUAAAUUCACCACCAACAAAAUCACCAUUCACGGCUAUCUGCCCAAGUCACGCGGCAACCGGGAUGGGCAUUCGCGAACAUCGUCCAAGACAUCGUCGGCGCGGGGGACAAAUAAGGAGUCCGUGUUGCUCACGUUCCAACCGACCAACCAUGCCAUAGCGUCGGAAUGGCUUGAUGGGCUUUUGAUGCUGUUGGACCAACAACCAAUCACGGCGGAAACCAACCGUCUAAUGCACCUGAUCAGCAAUUAUGGGCUGAAGGUACGGCUAUUGAAUGUGCGGUACAAUGACGAGGAGGGCAUCGUGGAGGGCAUGGAUGGCAUGGACGGUCCACCGAUCCCCAGCAGGGAAGGGCUUGAUGACGACUACUACUAUGAAAUAUGAAGAUUGGCGCAGUAGCGUUUGGGAAGUUUUAUUCGAAUUGGUCCUUGGAUAGACCCAGGGAGUGGCCAACUGGAAGUGGUGCGAGGUUGAGAGAUGAGACCAGAGACGGAGAAGAACGAGAGGAGGCGUUGAUAAGGAUGCUCGAUCUCAUGAUACCCCUGCCAGUACAGGCGAUAUUUGAUAUGAAUAGGCGCAUGUCGCGAACAAGACGAGGCGAGGCGUCUUGGCCCCAAGAUAUCCCCAAGACCAAAGCGUGUAUGUGCAGAUGUGGUAAUAUUAAGACCAACAAGAACACAGAUAACCAUGCAGUGACUGGACGGAGGCCGACUGACUGGCACUUGGGAUGGAGCCAAGCAAGAUGAAGGAUGGAGGAGAAGUGACCAGGGGAGAGAGGUCGGC